CGCGUCUGCUCCCAGCGCUUCGGGAGUAGAGUGGUUGAGAUUGGAGCCCACUGGAUUCAUGGCCCCUCUAAAGGAAACCCUGUCUUCCAGCUAGCUUCUGAGUAUGGCCUGCUGGAUGAGGAAGCCACAUCAGAGGAGAACCAGCAGAUUGAGACUGGGGGGCAUCCAAUCCUCCCCUCUCUGUCCUAUUCGAGCUCAGGGAGAAUCUUGAACCCAGAGCUGGUGAUCUCAAUGAGGAAUCUGUUCUCUACCCUCUUGGGUCAAACGCACAUGUUCCUGAACUUGGCACAGGUGCCUGUGCCAAGUGUUGGUGAGUACCUCAAGAAAGAGAUUGCUGAGCAAGUGAAAGAAUGGACAGAUGAUGAUGAUGAAACCAAGCAGCUGAAACUGGCAGUCCUGAACACAUACUUCAAGCUGGAGUGCUGCGUGAGUGGGACCCACAGUAUGGACUUGGUUGCCCUGAGGUCCUUUGGGGAGUAUGUCACACUCCCUGGCCUGGACUGCACCUUCCCUGGUGGCUACGGAGGCCUCAUAGACUGCAUGCUGGCAUCCCUGUCCAAGGAGAGCAUCUUGUUUAACAAACCAGUGAAGACCAUUCACUGGAGAGGCUCCUACCAAGAGGAGGGCUCAGAGGGACGGACAUUCCCAGUCCAGGUGGAGUGUGAGGAUGGAGAGACAUUCCUAGCAGAUCAUGUCAUAGUCACAGUCCCUCUAGGUUUCCUUAAAGAGCAUCACAAGACUUUUAUUCAGCCCUCGCUGCCUCUGCAGAAAGUGGAAGCAAUUAACCAGCUGGGUUUUGGAACAAACAAUAAGAUCUUCCUGGAGUUUGAGAAGCCAUUCUGGGGCCCAGACUGCCAGCUAAUCGAGGUUGUCUGGGAAGAUGAGUCUCCUCUUGCUGCACCUAGCACCAACCUCCAGGCUGUCUGGUUCAAAAAGCUCAUCGGCUUUGUGGUCCUCCAGCCUCCAGAACAGUAUGGGCAUGUUCUAUGUGGCUUUAUUGCUGGGAAGGAAUCUGAAUACAUGGAGACCCUCAGUGACAGUGAAGUUCUCACUGCCUUUACACACAUCAUUCGUAAACUGACAGGGAACCACCACCUGGCUCCACCAACAAAGGUGCUGAGAUCUAAGUGGCACAGUGCUCCAUACACCAGAGGUUCCUACAGUUACGUGGCUGUUGGCAGCUCAGGAGAAGACAUUGACACACUGUCUCAGCCCCUUCCUGAGGAGACCUCUGACCCCAGGCUACUGCAGGUUCUGUUUGCGGGAGAAGCCACACAUCGGACUUUCUACUCCACUACGCACGGCGCCUUGCUGUCAGGCUGGCGGGAGGCUGAUCGCCUCCUCAGCCUGUACGACGCCUCUGAAUUCCACCAGCCCAAGCCAAGACUCUGAUACUGCUUCUCUUCCUGCUGUUGGUCCUGGGGUUCCAGUCAUCUGACCAGUGACUACUUUCGUCCCACAUCUUUACUAAGGUGAGGGGAUGGUCUUCCUCCUCACGACCAGCUUGCUGUCAUUUGCUUUUUUGUAUCCAAUCUAUCCAGUCACCCAUGUGACUUGACUACCAAGAGAUUUUCUAUAUUCCCUGAAUGCUGAAGCUGCAGAUGCACAAGUGAGCACAGGGACUUGGGAACCAGGACAGCCCUGAGCAUGCAGCAUAUUGCACGCCAGAGGAAAGAAUAAAAGUUCUUAUUUUGGGGGCUUUUA